AUGUUCAGCGGAGCGGAAUUCCGAAGGCCGUCACUGAGCUUAGCCAAAGUGGAAUUCCAACGCCGGCCGACCAUCGUGUGCGAGACCAACAUCCCCCUGCACCUGCUGCUGAAGUUCUGCAUACAGACGGCGUACGACGCCUCUCCCUGGUGGAUCGCCGACGACGCGUCUGUGACCAUCCCCAGGUUCCCCCUGCCGCUGAGCAACCUCUCAAAGGGCCCCCUCCAGCAGAAGAUCGGCGCCCUGACUCUCAACCGCUACGCCUUCUCCCUCCUGUUCUUCCUGCUCCCCAUCUUGCUCCCCCUGGCCGUCCUCCUCGUGCCGUUGAAACCCCACUACGAGGGCACGGUCAUCGACCACCUCGGCUUCUCUCUGGUCACGAUGGGCAUAACUGGAGCCAUCAUGGGUGCCAACACCCUCUUCUGGAUGGAAAAUUUCUUCGGCGAGCUGUUCCCCUGGCGCUGGACCCUCAUGGCGGCCAUGGGCCCGGCCACGGCCGCCUUUCACUUCGCGGCCUCCCUCCCGGGGGGCGGCGUCCUCCCUUACGGGGUGGACGUUUCCAUGCUGUUCGUCGUGGCGGCGGUGGGCGUCUGGGGUUGCAUUGUGGCGCCGCCAGCCGUCAGGCGCAGGAUGGACUGGUGCAGCCACCUGUGGGUGGGCAUGGGCAUACUGGUCUUCAGCAUGCUCGUCACACACCUGCUUCUCCUCAUCGAGUCCGCCAACGCGCGUGGAGCCCACGUGGCGUACGUCCUCAUCAUGAUCCUGCCGGUUCUUUUCACCCGCCUGACGACGGACAUCCAGGAAGCCGUGCCCUACACGACUCAGGAAUUCGCCAUGCAGUGCCAAGGCAUCCUUACGUUCGUCUUCUCCCUGGCCACCUACUGCCUCCUCAUCUUCCUCUCCAAGGUCGUUCCGCUGUGGCAGCUGUACCUCAUCUUCGAGACCGUCGACGUGCUGUCCACCCUGUUCGUCGGGCCCGUGUGGGAGCUGUGGUGGAAGGUGGGCUACCUGAAAACCAACAAGUUCCAGCAGUCCAUCUUCGGGUGGGCGCAGAACCCCAUGAAGCCGAAGGCCGUGGUCAUGAAGUACUACACCAAGGCGAUCGCGGCCGUGGCCUUCCCGGUCAUUCUCAGCGUGCUGGCGGAAUCUGACAACCAGCAGGUGUUCAAAAUGACUUCCAGCGACAUGCUGGACGCAGGCAAGAUGGCGGAGAUUGGGGCCUGCAUGGUGGGCGAGGUGGUGCUUUCGAUUUCGUGGCUGGUCUUCCUGUACAUCAUCAUGAAGACGCGGUGCUGCCAGGAGGAUUUCAACGAUUUGGUCAUUCAGUUCUCGAAGAUGUUCUCCGUGGUGCAGCUCGAGGGCGUGCUGGCCACCCUGCUGGUGUUCUUGAUCAAAGCCAAGCCUGGGAACAGCGAGUUUCUAGACUGA